AUGUAAUAUUAAAAUGAAUCUGAACAACUAAAUCGAAAACAGUAAUUACUGAGGAGAGAAAUAUAUGAUAAAGGAUAUGAUUGCUAAGCUUUCUAAGAUUAUAUGGAAUAACUAAAAGUUAAUGGUGGAUAGGAUGUAAACAUAUGGACUUAUCAAGAGCUUCAAGAAGCAAUAAGUUUAUUUUAAACAACAAAUCAACCAUAAAUGGAAACCAUUGAACUGGAUGAUGUAUCAUACAGAUAAUCAGAAUUUGAUGAUCAUGCAUAAUUCGAAGUGCCUUAGAAUUUAGAUGAAUAAUUGCCAUAAGUAAAACAAGAGCAAUAAUUGCAGAAUUAAAAAUAAUAAAAUUAAAUAGUAUCAAAUGGAAUGCAUGAAGAAAUUGUAGCUAAACCAUCUGUUGAUAAUGAAAGAUUUUAUUAAAAAGUCCAUUUAUGUAAAUUAUAGGAUAAAAAAAUGAUACUUACUGCUAAUGAAAUUAAUGUAUAGAUUACAAAAUUUGAGAAAAUUCAAGGAGGCUUGUUGUCAGCCUCUUAUUAUAUAUAUAUCAUAAAUACAGAACCUAUUGGUUGGAAUGUCUAAAGAAGAUAUAAUGAUUUCGUAUGGCUAAGAGAAGUGCUAAAUAAAAUGUAUCCUGGUAGAUAUAUUCCCCCAUUACCAAAAAAAACUGUAUUGAAAAAUGAUCAAGAACUUUACUUAAUAAAGAGGAUGAAAUUUUUAGAGAAAUUUCUUUAAGGUUUGUUUCAAAUUGAAUUGAUAAGACAUGAUAAAUGGUUUUAUGCAUUUUUAUCAAUAAAAGAAGAAAAAGAUUUUAAGCAGAUAUAAAAAUUAAGUACUCAAUUAUCAAGAGUAACAAAAUUGGAAUAAAUUAUUUCUUUAGACGGAUAAGUUUAAUUGUAAAUUAAUGACAAUUUAGUGACAUAUAAUCAGGAAUCUUCUUCAUUAAUAAAUUCAAUUGAUUUAAGUUAUAAAAAAUUAAGAAAGGAGUCUAAACAAUUAUUGUUAGACUUUGAUCAGCUAUCAAAUACUAUUUACAAUAUGGGUUAAACCUGCACUGAUCUAUAUUAGUUUUCAAACAAGUUCAACUAAUCAAUUUCAUAAGGAAAAAUUUCUAAAUUGGAUAUUCUUUAUAUAUCAAUGAAUAAUAUGUUAGUUUAAUGGGGGAAUAAUUUAACAGCUUAGAUAAAAAUCGUUCAAGAGGAGCUGUGUUCCUUUUUCAAAUUUCACCAUCAUUCAAUAACCUCCUUAAAAGAAUUCAUUAAAUAAAAAGAGUAAGCACAAUAGGAGUAUGAAAAAUUUAAAUCAAAAUUAGAGUUAAAGAAGCAUAAACUAUUUGCAUCAUAAGAUUUUAAUAGAUGGGAAGUACCCUCUAUAUAAAUCAAGGCCUUACAGGAUAGCAACUUGACUUAAAACAGAGAAGUUUGUUUGGCUAUAAUGCUACCUUAAGAAACUACUCUAUAGGAAGAACUUAAGAACAUUUUUGCCUUUUAUAAUUAUUAAUAAUUUUCAGAAAUUAAUAGUCAUCUUGAAAAUACAGUAACAGCAUUUUCAGAACACUUUAUAAAGUUUUGCAGUUUAUAAAAAGAAAUGCUUGCUGAACAAAAAUUAGUAUGGGACAAGAGCAUUGUUAAUUUUAAUAAUUUACACUACCCACAAUAAAUUAUAUUAAAGAAAACUUGA